GAAAUUUUGGUUCUUACCGGACCCCACAUACCGUGUACACACUUAGUAGCCGCGCUUUGUAGAGAAGAAGAUCUAGGGAAUGUUAACGGCAAAGUGACCGAUUCUGUUUUCUUUUAAUUUUUGAGAGGACAGAAUAUUGUUAUUGAAUGCAAACUCUAGAAAAUCACUGUUAAUUUCCUCACUUCACUUUGAAAGAGACUUGAGAAAGGUAUGAGAAUAUGAUGUUUUUGUACAUUUUGGUUACUUGUUAGAUGGCGACAGUAUCGCCAUCUCCAGAUUCUGCACCUUCUAAUAUCCCACCAACUUCCUCUCCCACACCUCCACUGCCUUCUUCUCCACCACAAUCUUUAACCCCACCAGAACCUUCCACAACACCGCCUCCCCCAGAUACUAGCCAACCUAAUGCCAGUCCACCGGAAUCUUCCGCCCCGUCCCCUCCAUCUUUACCGCCAAAUGCUCCACCACCAACCAAUGUGGGAACUCCACCUGUCACACCACCACCAGUAGACUCAUCCCCCCCACCUAGUACAAGUGUACCACCCCCUUCCACACCUGAAUCCCCUCCUCCGCCCUCUUCCGAUACUCCACCACCAGCCCCCGAUAUUUCAACACCACCGCCAACAACAACCAGUCCACCAAGUAGUUCACCUCCACCUGAAGUUGUCCCACCACCUUCAUCACCAGCCAACCCACCUACAAGUUUGCCUUCACCACCUGCAGUAUCUAACCCACCUACAAGUCCGCCAGCACCAACUACGCCUCCCCCAAGUUCACCACCAUCAACAAUUACUCCUCCAGCAAGUUCUCCUCCACCACCAUCAGUGAACCCACCUGAUAAUCCACCUCCUUCCCCGCCAUCGUCAAAUCCUCCUGCAGAUUCUCCACCUUCACCAGCAUCUCGACCACCAGAAAAUUCACCUCCUCCCCAAGCACCCACUCCACCUGAAAGUUCGCCACCACCUUCACCACCAUCAUCACAGCCGCCUCAAAGCUCACCUUCUCCACCUGUCGUAUUGCCUCCUAGGAGUUCACCUCCACCCUCUAGAGGUAGCCCACCUCCAUCUUCUAGAGGUAGCCCACCUCCACUUGAUCCUGAUCCAGCUUCUCCGCCAUCCGAGUUACAAAUUUCUCCACCGUCCCCAGGUUCUGUCCCGUCUGCUCCUGGUUUACCAGCUAAUAGACCAAGUCCUGAUGCACCUGAAACUGCAAAUAAUGCCACCAGCAAUGGGGGAAUUGGAACGGGUGCAACUGUUGCUAUUGGUGUAGUAGUUGGGCUUCUAAUGCUUGGACUCAUUGGUUUGAUUGGUGUGUGGGUCUAUAAGCGCAAGAAAAAGUCUUCUGGGUCAUAUGAUGGCCAUGUCAUUCCUGCUUCAAUAGGCUCUUCUCCACGAUCAGAUGGAAAACUGUUGGUGAAGACUGAGUAUCCAGGUUCAACCUUUGUGGGAGGCUCUGGUAGUGAUACACCCACUGAUCAUGGUGGAUAUGGCCAUUCAAGGUCCUGGUUUACUUAUCCAGAAUUAUAUGAGGCUACCAGUGGAUUUUCUGAUGAGAAGCUUCUAGGGGAAGGUGGAUUUGGUCGUGUAUAUAAAGGACUUCUAGCAGAUGGCAGAGUAGUAGCUGUGAAGCAGCUGAAUAUUGGUGGUGGACAGGGGGAGCGUGAAUUUAAAGCAGAAGUGGAGAUAAUAAGUCGCAUACACCACAGGCAUUUGGUUUCUCUUGUUGGCUACUGCAUCUCAGAGAGUAAAAGGCUGCUUGUUUAUGACUAUGUUUCUAACAACACACUUCAUUUCCAUCUUCAUGGAAAAGGUAGGCCAGUCAUGGACUGGGAAACACGUGUUAAGAUUGCUGUAGGUGCUGCUCGUGGUAUGACGUAUCUUCAUGAAGAUUGCCAUCCACGAAUAAUUCACAGAGAUAUUAAAUCGUCAAAUAUUCUGUUAGAUAACAACUUUGAGGCUCAGGUUGCAGACUUUGGACUUGCGAAAUUGGCAAUGGACGCAGAGACACAUGUUAGUACUCGUGUUAUGGGAACGUUUGGAUAUAUGGCGCCUGAGUAUGCUACAACUGGUAAAUUGACUGAGAAAUCAGAUGUGUUCUCUUUUGGGGUUGUCCUUUUAGAGCUUAUAACUGGACGUAAGCCCGUGGAUGAAUCUCAACCUUUGGGAGAUGAAAGUCUUGUUGAAUGGGCACGACCUUUGCUGUCACAUGCGCUUGAGACGGGAGAAUUGGAAUGUCUUGUAGAUGCUCGUCUUGAAAAGAACUAUAUUGAGAGUGAGAUGUUGCGAAUGAUUGAGGCAGCUGCAGCUUGCGUGAGACAUUCGGCAGUGAAGAGACCAAGAAUGGGACUGGUUGUCAGAGCUCUUAGCAUGUCUGACUCUGGAGAUUUAUCUAAUGGAUUGAGGGUGGGUGAAAGUCAGGUCUAUGAUUCUGCGCAGCAAUCUGCUGAAAUUAGAUGGUUUCGGAGGAUGGCAUUUGGUAGUCAAGAUAUUAGUACUGAUUUUUUCAGUAAUCCCAGCCAGACACACGGGUUUUCUGGCCAGAGCAGGCAGAAUGUAGAUUCUUCAACUCAGCAUCAGCAUAACCGAAAUUCUCAGAAUGCAGGGUUGCUUAACCAAAAUUGGAAUAACGUGAACUCGACCGAGCAUCAUUCAACCCAACAUAACCAGAGUAAUAGGAGCCCAAGUCUAUAUAGGGAAGAUAGUGUGAACCGAUGAUUGAACUUUAUAAGAAGGAGUAAAUUCAUCUCAGGGCAAUUGGAGUCUAAUUUGAUUGUUUAAAGGGUGGAGGUGACAGAAGGUACAGCUCCUUCAUUGUUGGCCCUAAAUCUAAAUGCUCUGCUACGUUUUAUGUAGCUAAUAGCUCUGCUCUUUGCUGCAAUUUUUGCACAGAAAUUUUGCAUUUUUUUCCCAUUAUUCUUUAUUAUUGUAAGUAUAGUAGGUGCACGUUUUGUUUAGCAAAUCAUUAUAAUGUAAUGAAGCAACCUUUUCCCUUUUGAUCCCCA